GCUCUAUGGAAGGUGGCUUCAACAAGGCUGGUUCACCGGAGGCGUCCGGCGAGGGCUCGAGGCGGGCGCCCGCAGGGGCCUACUACGAGUGCUCCUUCUGCAAGAGGGGGUUCACCAACGCGCAGGCGCUCGGCGGCCACAUGAACAUCCACCGGAAGGACCGUAGCGGCGGCAAGUCCGGGACGGCGCCGCCGGACGCUCCGGGGUGGCAGCAAGAUGACUCUGGCGGCGCCCGGACGUACGGAAGGGAUGUGCACCUGGGGCUCUCUCUGGGGAGGAACGAGGAUAGCAGGGCUGGCGUUGACUUGGAGCUCAGGCUUGGGAGCUAUCCUUAUAACUAGCAGACCUCAAAUUUGCUAAAGUAGUGAAGGAAUCAGCUGUGUGCUGAUCAAUAGGUACGAAGCUAAGUCGAUUAUGCUACUUGUUUAGUUGCUUGAUUUUCA